CUCUCUCUCUCUCUCUCUUCUUCUCAUCCAAACAAAACCCAUUUCAAAAUUUCUGUUUUUGUUUUUUUUCUUUUCUUUUCAGUUUUUCCCUUCUGAAAUUCCUCAAAUCUUCCUCAGCACAACUAAAGAAAACAUCAUUAACAAGGAAUGAAUGGUGCCACAGUAACAAAUUCUGAACCAGACAACAACUCUGAAUAUGUUGAAGUUGAUCCCACCGGAAGAUAUGGAAGAUACAAUGAAGUUCUUGGCAAAGGGGCAUCGAAGACAGUUUACAGAGCUUUCGAUGAAUACGAUGGCAUUGAAGUGGCAUGGAAUCAAGUGAAGCUUAGUGAUUUUCUUCAAACUCCUGAAGAUCUUGAAAGGCUGUACAGAGAAAUCCAUUUGUUGAAGACAUUAAAACAUAACAACAUAAUGAAAUUUUAUUCUUCUUGGGUUGACAUUGCUAAUAGAAACAUUAACUUUGUUACAGAGAUGUUCACUUCUGGGACGCUUAGACAAUAUAGGUUGAAGCAUAAGAAAGUGAAUAUCAGAGCUGUGAAGCAUUGGUGUAGACAGAUUUUAAAAGGGCUUCUCUAUCUUCACAGCCAUGAUCCUCCUGUAAUCCAUAGAGACCUUAAAUGUGAUAAUAUUUUUGUAAAUGGGAAUCAAGGGGAAGUCAAAAUUGGUGAUCUUGGUCUUGCUGCUAUUCUUCGUAAAUCUUAUGUAGCUCGAUGUGUUGGAACACCAGAGUUUAUGGCUCCAGAGAUUUAUGAAGAGGAGUAUAAUGAAUUGGUUGAUAUAUAUUCUUUUGGAAUGUGCAUAUUAGAGAUGGUUACUUUUGAAUAUCCAUACAGUGAAUGCACCCACCCUGCUCAGAUUUACAAGAAAGUUAUCUCUGGGAAGAAACCAGAUGCUUUAUAUAAGGUAAAGGAUCUCGAGGUUCGGUGUUUCGUUGAGAAAUGCUUGGCUACUGUGUCAACUAGGCUGUCAGCUAGGGAGCUUUUGAAUGAUCCUUUUCUUCAAAUUGAUGGUUGUGAUUCUUUAUUGAGGCCAAUAGAUUACUAUUCAGAAUAUGAUGAAGUGAACAAUUCCCUUAUCAGAGGAGGGCCUUUUUAUGGAACUUCUCAUGGUCCUUUGGAUAAUGGGUAUGCGAAUUAUUUUAGUCAUGAGGCUGGGAAUGGCUUGGAUUACUGUCCCAUUGAUAACGAGGCGAGCGAAAUCGAUCUUUUCUCCUGUCAAGAGGAUGAGCAUUUGGAAGAUGUUGAUAUCACUAUUAAAGGGAGAAGAAGAGACGACGAUGAUAUCUUUCUACGACUUCGGAUUGUAGAUAAAGAAGGUCGAAUUCGAAACAUCUACUUUCCCUUUGAUUUAGAGAACGAUAGUGCUUCGAGUGUUGCUAAUGAGAUGGUUUCUGAGCUUGACAUUACUGAUCAAGAUGUGAAGAAGAUUGCUGAUAUGAUAGAUGGUGAGAUUGCUACAUUGGUACCAGAGUGGAAGAAGGGAAAAAGUUUAGAGGAAACUCCAAAUUGCAGUGAUUCUAAUGUUUGUCACAAUUGUUCUUUGAACAGUUCUCUUUUGGAUUACGUUUCGCCACAUAAUCUUGCGAAGAAGAACCUGCACAUUCUUCAGUGUUCUGAAGAGCAUGGUUGUGCUUCUAUCCAUGGACGAUUUGAAGAGAUUACAUACCAAGUUGAGGGGUCGGAACAAUUUAAUGGAGACGAAAACUUGCAUAGAACAACAGGAAAUUCAAGUGAUAUCCAUUAUGCCGAUAUUUGGGCGCAACGAGAUGGACCCGAUGUAGUUUCUCCAGAAUCUUUAGAAGCUUGCAAUGAAUUUGGAGCGUCGGAACAGCCGAAACUCGAGAAGGAAGAAAGCAAUGUAAAUAUGGAUGAUAAUGAUCAUCAAAUGGAAUUCCAAACAAGAAACUCUAGCUCAUCAAAUCCUUCGGAGUCCUUUGUCGAUGAUCACGAGAACGAAAUUCGACAAGAACUAAGAUGGCUCAAGGCUAAAUAUCAAAUGCAGUUAAGAGAGCUAAGAGAUCAACAAUUAGGAGUCAAGACCAAAUCUCUUAGCUUGCACCCAAUUUCCAACCUCACCGAGACCGAUAACGGAGCUUCGGUAUCUUAUCUUUCGCCAAACUUCAAUGAAGCAGCAAAAAAUAAGACUGUCCAAACAUCUCUCUCCUUUGGCAAGAAUAUCACUUCACAUUCCCCCUAUGUUGCUGCUGAUAACAUUUUGGAGAACAAAACCUUUCAAGACAACAAUGUCAUUGUUGACGAGUUGAGUAGUCCCGAGCUGAUUGUUACGGCCAAGAGUUUCUAUACAGGAGCAUUGUUUCCACAUUCUCUUCAAAGAGCAACCUCACUUCCCGUUGAUGCUAUAGACUUUUAGAAUCAUCCACUGAAACUCACUUAAUACUCCAAAUGUUCUAAUUACAUUGGUCUUUGAGCAUCCUCUCCUCACCCUCACCAAUAGGAUACAAGUUAAGGCCCAACUAGGGGGAAAAAGUACAUCCAAAAGCUCUUUCUUAUCCCAAAGCCUUCCAUAAAAGAAAGCCAAUUUGUUUGAAAUUGUAGAUGCCCAUUGAGAUUAUGAGCUGUUUGGCCAUAUUUGCUUGUCAAUUGGCAAGCUGAGAUGCCAUUUUGAAACUGCAUAUGGUACAGAGCCAAAGUGGGAAUGGUCCCUUGCAACUUCUUGAAGGGUCAUUUUGAAAAUGCCAUGAGCCUGAUUGCGGCUGUAAGUUCCAAGUUGGCCAACUUGGUUGGAUAUUAAAUCCACUCCAUAACUUUUAUUGUGAGGUUGUUGUGGCUGUUGUGGCUCUUUACCAAACUUUAAAAACCAAUAUAAAAAUACACUUUUUUUUUUCUAAUCAAACUGUUUGGGACAUUGAGUUGAGUUAUAAAAUUGAGAGUUAGAAAGCCUAUCUUUGAAGUGCAGUGCUCUAAGUUAGAGGUCUUACAUAAAUAUGCAAAUGAAAGAAAGAGAUGAAAAUAAAGUUACUCUA